AUGUUUGAGUUUUCCCAGUUUGAUCUGGUGAUAGUCACAGGCCUCAUGGGUUUUCUCCAGGCCUCGUCUCCUCUGGUGCCAAACCACAGAACCUGGAGUGGAGGAGAUGUGAGGAGGAGAUUGGAGGGAAGGACUGGAGUAGUGGAGAGUGGAGGAGGGCAGGAGUGCAGGAGGGCAGAAGGGCAGGAGUGUAGGAGUGGAGGAGCGCAGGAGGGCAGGAGUGGAGGAGCGCCGGAGUGGAGGAGGGCAGGAGUGGAGGAGGGCAGGAGUGUAGGAGUGGAGGAGGGCAGGAGUGGAGGAGGGCAGGAGUGGAGGAAGGAGGGAGGAUUAGUUCUCUCAGAGCUGGAUCAGGGGUGUCUCCUGGCACCACUACACCACUGCCUGGCUGUACUGGGCGCCCUCCUGCUGGCGCUGCCCUGCCCGAUCCUGGUGAAUUCUAUCAACCAUCCUGCCAUGCCUUAUGAGAAUGGGGUGGUGAGCGAGGGGAGUCCCAUCCACAGAGACCUGCUCUUCAGCCCAGACUACCAGCACAUCUAUGCCCUCACAGACAAACAGGUGAGCCGUGUUCCAGUGGAGAGCUGUGAGCAGUACUCCUCCUGCAGCGUCUGCCUGGGGUCAGGAGAUCCGCACUGUGGCUGGUGUGUCCUCCACAAUGUGUGUUCCAGGAAGGAUCGUUGUGAGAGGGCUGAUGAGCCUCAACGUUUUGCCUCCCGAGUGGAGCAGUGUGUCAAACUCAGUGUCCAGCCUGGAAAUAUCUCUGUCACCAUGUCCGAAGUCCAGCUGGUGCUGCAGGCCCAGAAUGUGCCUAACCUUUCAGCAGGGGUCAACUGCUCCUUUGAGGAUUACACUGAGACAGAGGGACGCAUCUUUGGGGGACGCAUCUACUGCCUGUCCCCUUCCACACGAGAGGUCGCCCCCAUCACACGCAACCAGGGGGACAAGCGUACUGUGAAGCUGUAUCUGAAGUCUAAGGAGACAGGGAAGAAGUUUGCCAGUGUGGACUUUGUCUUCUACAACUGCAGUGUGCACCAAUCGUGUCUGUCAUGUGUCAAUGGCUCGUUCCCCUGCCACUGGUGUAAAUACCGCCACAUGUGCACUCAGAACGCCAAGGACUGUUCCUUCCAGGAGGGCCGGGUCAACGUGUCAGAGGAGUGUCCCCAGAUCCUGCCAUCCACCCAGAUCUACAUCCCAGUGGGGGUGAUGAAGCCCAUCACCCUGCUGGCUAAGAACCUGCCUCAGCCCCAGUCUGGACAGAGGAACUAUGAGUGUAUCUUCCACAUCCAGGGAGCCACCUACAGCGUCACCGCCCUGCGCUUCAACAGCACCAGCAUCCAGUGUCAGAGGACCUCGUACGACUAUGAGGGUAAUGACCUAAGUGACCUGCCUGUGGAUCUCUCUGUGGUGUGGAAUGAAAACCAAGUCAUCGACAACCCCUUCAACAUACAAGCCCACCUGUAUAAGUGCUAUGCGCUGAGAGACAGCUGUGGGAUGUGUCUGAAGGCUGACCCCAGGUUCGAGUGUGGCUGGUGUGUCCAGGAGAAGAAGUGUUCUCUGAGGCAGGAGUGUGCCCCGCUGGACAGCAGCUGGAUGCACCCCACCGCUGGCAACAGCCGCUGUACACACCCCAAGAUCACUAAGAGUUUUGCCUGUUUCUUUAUGGAGGUCCUCGUAUUCCCUGGAGGAAGUCUGCAGUAG